CUUCAAGGAAUUCCAGCAUGUUUCCGCUUUCUCUCUUGUUGUGCCUCUGUGCUGCGAAAGCGGUAGUGGAAGGUUCAACAUGCACUAAACAUGGCAAAUCUUAUUGUAUCUGCACCGAAAAGGGAAUCGGGAUUGUCAAUUUGACUCUAUUAGCAAAUAAUAACACCGAAGACUCUCCACGGUUUAAAGAUCGUGUAUCUGCCUCUACAACGUAUUACUACAAUCCUUGUAUUUCCUUUACCGAGUUGGCAGGGGGCAAACAAGUUUGUACUCCAAGCAAUGGCGUUGCCGUUUGCCAGAUACAAGAAAACAUCGCAUAUCUUGCAGGAACGGAGAGCUCAGCUGUAUUUUCUGGUAGUGCAGAGACUGGAGAUCUGAAUGUAACCUACUCUGCAACAACAAGCGGCACAACGCGGACAUCAGUAGUUCAUUUGAUGUGUGACAAAACCCUAUCCUUGAGCCAGUCAAAGUUUACAUAUGUGAAUCAAAAACAAGUGUCUGCUACCACCACCUACUAUUUUGUUCUCACAAGUCGCUGUUGCUGUCCUAAUCUCUGUCAACAUGCGCCGUCAUCGAGUGGUGGUGGUGGAUUGAGUGUUGGGUCCAUCCUUCUGAUCGUUUUCUUCUCUCUCAUAUUCGUCUACAUCAUUGGUGGUCUUCUAUACCUUAAGUUUGUUCGUGGAGCAUCAGGCGUUGAGUUAAUACCCAACUACUCAUUCUGGAUGUUGCUACCCGGUUUAAUCAAAGAAGGAGUCGUAUUUCUAAUUGGCAAGUGUAGAGGUCAAGACACCAGUUCGUCACAAUAUGACAAGAUUUAGAGGGUGAUGACAUAUGACAGUGAUAUCAAAUUGCUACGUACAUGCAGUGCUACCUUCACCUUUGCUCUGGUGUUGUUGGUCUAUACAGUUUGAGAUUUAACAGUUCAUUUUGAGAUAGAUCACAGUGCCGUAGUUUGUGAUUUGAUCACU